AUGGGGUGGUGUGGGUUGGGGGGGACUGUUUGUUGGUUAGUGUGUUUUGGGGUUGUGGGUGUUGGGGGUGGUGGGGUGUGUUUGUGGGGUGGUGGUGGGGUUGGUGUGAAUUUGUGGUUGUGGGUUGUGGUGUUGGUGGAGGUGUUUGUGUUUUGUGGGUGGUGUGUUGUGUAUGUGGGUGGUUCGGGGUGGGGUGUUGUUUUGUUGUGUUGUGGGUUGGUGUUUGUGGAUUUUUGUGGUGGUGUGGUGUGGUUUGGUAGUUUGGUGGGUGGAUGGUUGUGGGGUGGUAGUGGUGGUGGGAUUAUUUUGAUUAAUGGGGUGACGGAUUGUAGGUAUGUGUUUUGA